AUGCGUUUAAAUAAGUCACUUUUUAUUUUAUUUUUGGUGUUAUAUUUUAUUGCCGGUCUUUCCCUGCUCAUUACCGGAAGUGUUGCUCAUCGACAUGCUUUACAAUUUGCCGAAAUUACGGGUAGUUCGAUUAUGUCCGGUGCUGGUUUUAUUAUUGCUUUAGGUGUUUUUAUUAUUAUCUUAUCAGUGCUUGGUUUUCUUGGAGCAUGUGGAAAUCGUUUAGGAUUAUUACAACUUUUUAUUGGUUCAUUAGCUGUAAUCUUAUUACUUCAAUUCAUCGCUGUUAUUGUUGGAUUUACACUUCGUAAUAAGGCUGAUAGUACAUUAAAAAAUAAAUUAUUUAGUUCAAUGAAACUAUAUGCAACAGAAAAUGCUGAAGUUGUUAUAGAAUGGAAUCGUCUUCAACAACAAUGGUCAUGUUGUGGUGUUGAAAAUUCGUCAGAUUGGACAGAAACAACGACACUUAAGAAAGUACCAGAUUCAUGUUGUCUUAAAAUUGAUUGUCAACCAGUAAAUAAUAUCAUUUAUUUUGAACAAGGUUGUUAUCAAGGAGCUCGUAGUUUAUUCUUUCGAUAUUCUAAAGCAUUAGGUGGAGUUUCACUCUUCUUCUUCUUUGUUGAAAUUGCUGGAAUGAUAUUGGCUAUUAUUCUUUUACGAGAUUUGAAGAAUAAUUAUGGAAGUGUUUAA